AUGCAGACACCAUCCUUUCCUAAUAAGGAAUUGUGUGCAUCCGUUAUCUAUCUCCUCACGUCUAUCUUUCCCAUCAGUCUCUCCAACAUCACAGAAUCAGAAAACCAAGUGGGCACAGUAGAAUUUCUUCUCCUGGGCCUCUCAGAUGACCCAGAUCUGCAGACCCUUCUCUUUGGACUGUUCCUGUCCAUGUACCUGGUCACUGUUCUUGGGAAACUGCUCAUCAUCAUGGCCAUCUCCUCUGACUCCUACCUCCACACCCCCAUGUACUUCUUCCUCUGCAACCUGUCCUUCAAUGACAUCUGUUUCAUCUAUACCACAGUUCCAAAGAUACUGGUGAACAUCCAGAGACAGAAUAAGGCCAUCAGUUACACAGACUGCCUAAGCCAGGUUUGCUUUGGUGUGGGUUUUGCUGGAUUGGAAAACUUUCUCCUUGCAGCAAUGGUUUAUGACCGUUAUGUGGCCAUCUGCCAUCCACUCAGGUACUCAGUCAUCAUGAACCUCCACCUCUGUGUCCUGCUAAUUCUCUUGUCCUUGACCAUCAGCGUUGUGUAUGCCCUGCUCCAAAGUUUUAUGCUGCUGAGGCUGUCCUUCUGCACUGACCUGGAGAUCCCCCACUUCUUCUGUGAACUUGUUCAGGUCAUCAAGCUGGCCUGUUCUGACACCCUUCUCAAUAACAUCCUAGUAUAUAUGAAGACUAGCAUACUGGGUGUUCUUCCUCUCUUGGGGAUUGUUUUUUCAUAUAUUAAAAUUGUCUCCUCCAUUCUGCAAAUGCCCUCAGCUGGGAGAAAGUCUAAAGCCUUUUCCACCUGUGGGUCUCAUCUCUCAGUGGUCUCCUUGUUCUUUGGGAGAGGUUUAGGAGUAUAUAUUAGCUCUGCAGUUACAGAUUUAUCCAGAAAUACUGCAAUAGCCUCAGUGAUGUAUUCUGUGAUUCCUCCAAUGUUGAACCCUUUUAUUUACAGCCUGAGGAACACGAAGAAGGCCUUAAUGAAACUCAUUCAAAUGUCUACCUUGUGA